AUGAAGUCCAAACCUUCGACUAAUCUAAAACCUACCAACCCCAUAGUUCCUCCUAGUUUGAAAUUAACUAGUUCACCUAUUCCAUCAGGAUUUAAAAUCAAUAAACGUACUAUAGUAUCCAAUGAUUUCAAGCCUAGAGCGAAAAAGCUUAUGGCUGAUUCAUCUCCAAACUCAACUACUGAUAAUGAUACAUUAAUUACAUCUACAGAGGAAUUCAAAUUCCUCUACAAAUUGUUUGUACCCAACAAGUACUUAAUUAAGAAUAAUAAGAUGUCGUUAAACCAUUUGCUAACUCAUUUACCUCUUAUUAUUCCAUCGACUUAUGAUAAUAAGAAGGACUAUUCGCCAUUGAAUCUUCAGAUCCAUUUAUUUCUCAGUACGAUUAUGGUCAAGUAUGUCAAUUCAUGGUAUUUAACCAAAUUAAACACCGAUAACUAUGAUGUUUUACAAUUAAUUUAUCAAGUGCUUAUGGAGUUUGUUAGAAAUUUUAGUUCAAGAGUAAAUAAAGUAAUUAAAAGUGAGGUAACUUUAUUCAAUCUAGUGGAUGAAAUAUCAGUAGCAAUCAAUACUCAUAUCUUGGAUUUGGUUAAUGACAAUAACCGAUAUGACUUGAAGAUAUUUGAUGAAUAUUACAUGAAUGCCAAUUUAAAGAAUAGUUUUGCCUACGAUCCUCAUAAGGAUUUACAGACCAUUAUCGAAGAUUAUUUGGAGAAUAGUCAUAUCAUUUUUGAACGUAAUACUGAUCCAUUAACAUAUUUUAGGAUACUAGUUAAAAAUAUCCUUGAGGUGAUAUACUCCAAUGAUUCUCCCGUCAACCCCUUGUCAUCCACUAUAAUUACAAAUUUAACUAUAACUAUCGUUAGUGAUCUUGUGCUAUCGAUUAUAUUCGAAAAGUUGUCAUCACCAAAUUUCAUUCUUAAUGAUGUAAUAGGUAAUAUAGUUGAUUUAGUCAUAGAUUCAAUAGAUGCUAGGACAGCAUCCAAUAAACAAGUUAAGGCGAAACAGGAUACUACAACAUAUUAUGAUAAAGUUCAAUUUUAUAUAACAGCUGCAUAUACAAGGUUGAGUAGACUUAUAGUCUCCACGAAAUCAGUAGAACCGAAAUCAACCUCCAAAGAUACACAAGUUGAUAUUUUUGGAUCAAGCGUAUUUCAAUUAGUUAACACUAUUGGUAACUUAUCGGCCAGGAAGCCGUUAGUUUCCAGCAUAAUUAGUAUUGUUGUACAACUGCUUCAAUUAAAUUCGUGGAUCUACAAUAAAGUGAAUUCCAUUUUCUCAGCAUAUGUCAUGAAGAAAUUGAUCCAAUCACCCAUACUAGGCGAGCAGAGUCUCAGUGGACUCAUUUCAUCUCUCAGAUUAAACAUCUUCUACAAAGAAUCUACGGAGGAGCAGGCUCCUCUGUCUCCAGAUUCAUACACUACCAUAGACCAAUUGACAGAAAAGAUCUACGACUUGAUUAAGAACAAGAUUCCCCAGUCGUUCGCAAACCCUAUUAUUAGUCCCCGUUAUUCGUUUUUUGGUCUAGUGGGUGAGAACGACCAGGACUUGAAGGUCCGAAUCCGGCGAAUGUUGGUCAUCUUCAACUACAAUGCAUCAGCAGCGUAUGAUAACAACAACAACAUCAACAGCACAUGUGACUUGAACAAGCUAUUGAUUGUCAAUAUAUUAGAUACCAUAGUUAGAAACCUAUAUCCCGAGUUAACGUAG